CAAUACAGUUCUAGGUGGACUUAUUUGCAACAUUCAGUACACGAGCCAUCACUGCAUCCUCGGCAAGAGCCCAACGCAGACUAAACAUGAGCUUCACAGUCGAAGAGAGGGGAAACCCCAAUACAUUGAGCUAUCGUUUGUUUUUCAAAAAUGCUGAUGGAAAGUAUGUCUCCCCAUUCCAUGACAUACCUAUGUAUGCUGAUGAGAGCCAGAACAUUUUCAAUGUGGUUGUUGAAGUACCAAGAUGGACAAAUGCAAAGAUGGAGAUUGCAACCAAAGACCCCCUGAACCCGAUCAAGCAGGAUGUGAAGAAGGGGAACCUGCGUUACGUCGCCAAUGUUUUCCCCCACAAAGGCUACAUCUGGAACUAUGGAGCAAUACCUCAGACUUGGGAGGAUCCCGGGCACAAAGAUGAAGACACUGACUGCUGUGGUGACAAUGACCCUAUCGACGUCUGUGAAAUCGGUACCAAGGUGUGUUCACGUGGGGAGGUGAUCAAGGUGAAGGUACUGGGGGUUUUGGCCAUGAUCGACGAGGGGGAGACGGACUGGAAGGUCAUAGCCAUCAACGUGGAGGACCUUGAAGCUAAGGACCUGAAUAACAUCGGUGACAUCCAGAGGCUGAAGCCAGGUUACUUGGAGGCCACCGUGGACUGGUUCAGGAGGUACAAGGUACCAGAUGGGAAACCAGAGAACCAGUUUGCCUUCAACGGAGAGUUCAAAGACAAGGAAUUUGCCAUUGAGACAAUCAAGAGCACCCAUGGCUUCUGGAAGGCACUUAUCUCUCAGAAGACCAACUCUGGAGGACUCAACUGUAAAAACACGUGUGUGUCAGCUGGCGACAGCCCCUUCUGCUGCUCCACGGACGAGGCCAAGGCUGUCAUAGAAGGGACAACCCCUUGUGGAACCGAAGAUCCUAUCCCCUGCUCAGUGGAUAAAUGGUUCUACUAUGAGAAGGAGUAACUUUAAGAUGAAGACUCAAUGGACCAGUGUCUCUCACCUGUUUAGCAAGUGUACUUGAAGAUCAUAGACUUAAUGACAGUUAGGGGUGUGGCUGCGAAAGAAUAGACUCUUCUCCAUACUCUGAAGAUAAGAGAAGAUGGGGCAAAAAAAGUGAAAUAGUGUCUGAGGUAAUGUGUUACUGUUAUUUAACAAACGUCUCAUUGGAGAUGUGCUGUCGAACAGAUAGUACUGGUAGUGUGCUUCCUAUAGCUAGCAACUCAUGUACUGUAUGGGAUUGUAACUCCUUUAAUAAAGCUUUAUCUGUAAAACAAAAA